ACCUGGGGUCCUCGGUGCUGGCGAGCAAGACCAAGACCAAGAAGAAGCACUUCGUAGCGCAGAAAGUGAAGCUCUUUCGGGCCAGCGAUCCGCUGCUCAGCGUCCUGAUGUGGGGGGUAAACCACUCGGAUGUUGAGGGCUGGAAUUUACUGUCUGGAGUUGGGCAACAUUUUGAACAAGGACAUCCUGAAUCAAGGCUGGCGUGACUCAUGCCUUGCUGUGUAGGCCUCUGUUAUAUAGAUCAAUGAACUGAGCCAUGUUCAAAUCCCUGUUAUGUUGAUGCCAGAUGACUUCAAAGCCUACUCAAAGAUAAAGGUGGACAAUCACCUUUUUAACAAAGAAAACAUGCCGAGCCACUUCAAGUUUAAGGAAUACUGCCCGAUGGUUUUCCGAAACCUGAGAGAGAGAUUUGGAAUCGACGAUCAGGAUUUCCAGAAUUCCCUGACCAGGAGCGCACCCCUUCCCAACGACUCCCAGGCACGGAGCGGGGCCAGAUUCCACACGUCUUACGACAAAAGAUACGUCAUCAAGACCAUUACAAGUGAGGAUGUGGCCGAAAUGCACAACAUCCUGAAGAAAUACCACCAGUAUAUAGUGGAAUGUCAUGGAGUCACCCUUCUUCCCCAGUUCUUGGGCAUGUACCGCCUUAAUGUGGAUGGAGUCGAAAUAUAUGUGAUCGUUACAAGAAAUGUGUUCAGCCACCGUUUAUCUGUAUAUAGGAAAUACGACUUAAAGGGCUCUACAGUGGCUAGAGAAGCUAGUGACAAAGAAAAGGCCAAAGAACUGCCAACUUUAAAGGAUAAUGAUUUCAUUAAUGAGGGCCAAAAGAUUUAUAUUGAUGACAACAACAAGAAGGUAUUCCUGGAAAAACUGAAAAAAGAUGUUGAGUUUCUUGCCCAGCUGAAGCUCAUGGACUACAGCCUGCUGGUGGGAAUCCACGACGUGGAGAGAGCUGAACAGGAAGAGGUGGAGUGUGAAGAGAAUGAUGGGGAAGAGGAGGGGGAAAGCGACGGCACCCACCCUGUCGGAACCCCCCCUGACAGCCCCGGAAAUACUCUCAACAGCUCCCCGCCCCUGGCUCCCGGGGAGUUUGAUCCAAACAUCGAUGUUUAUGGAAUCAAAUGCCAUGAAAACUCGCCCAGGAAAGAGGUGUACUUUAUGGCAAUUAUUGACAUUCUGACUCAUUAUGAUGCAAAAAAGAAAGCUGCCCACGCUGCAAAAACUGUUAAACACGGCGCUGGCGCGGAGAUCUCCACCGUGAACCCGGAACAGUAUUCAAAGCGCUUUUUGGACUUUAUUGGCCACAUCUUGACGUAACCUCCCGCACAUCCUCGGACGGACACGACGAACAUGGGAAGGACAGGGGUGGCUUCAGUGUAGGAAACGUGAAAACCAAACUCAGUGAAGCACACCUCCUCGUUUACGUCUGCAGGCCAAGAUGACUGAUUCGGGGGCUACGCGCUUUAACAGCUACCUGAUAUUUCCCAGCAUCAUUCUAGCUAUUUCUGACUUGUGUGUGUGCGUGUGUGUGCGCGCGCGUGUGCGUGCGUGUGCAAAUGUGUGCGUGUGCAUCUUCGAAAUUAAUUAAUUAAGGAAAACUGAUCAGCUUCAGUCAGAGUGUGUUUAGGCAACAGCCCUCUGAUUCCAACUGUGGACAAACGAAUGAAUGAAUGAAUGCGCACAUGCGGGGGGAGGGGGCGAAGGAAAUGCAUGUCGGACCAACCAUGUUGGCAUCACACGAUAAACUGUGGAUCAGUUUAUUUUUGGGAGCUGAAAGAUGUGAGACAGUAUUCAUAAUAAUAAUGAAGAUAAUAAUAAUGAUGAUAAUAAUAAUGAUGGUGAUUAAAAGAAAAAAACAACCACGAAUGUUACACUCCUACCACGCACGCUGACACUCCUUAAUAGUUGUACCCCGAGCCCCUGGCACUAGAUGGAGGAGUGCUGGCACCUCCCACGUGUCCUGGCUCAGGGUUCUGCCUCCGCUGCGUGGGGACUUUUAGGGUCUGGGGACAAAUGCCCCUCCUCCAGCAAGAAGCUGAUGCCCCUGGUGAUUCUAUCUGUGCGUUUUCACCUCAGUAAAUACAUCCAGGAAAACUGCUUACUUCUCUGUUCUUGCCUGGAGCUUCUUCACUGUUACACUCUUAUGUUGCAACAUAGGAAUUAAUGCUGAAAAAAUAAAAAUAAAGCUUACCUGAAAAGUGCAUAGUUUGGGGCAAUGGUAUCUACAUCUCCCGUGGUGGGAAGGCAGGCAAAGCAUUAGAACUCUCAAUUCUCCUGUUACCGAUUGCAAAUCUGAAUUAUAAGAUGCUUAUGUUUGACCGUUGUUUAAACAGUGGUAUUUUGUUACGAAUUAUCCCUUUAACGGAAACCCUCAAUGUUACUGUUUACAUUAUCAGGAAAGCAGGGAUAUUUUUGAAUCUAAAAAUUUAAUGUACAGCAUGUGAUUUUUGAAGUUUACAUGUAAAGUCAUUUUACAGUGUAGGUGAAAUAAUGUUUGUCAUAUUUUGAAAUGUAUCCUGCAGUCAUGCUUUGGGGUGAAUGUUUUAUUCAAAGUACAUGGUAGGCAGUCUUUUAUAAUGAAAGGAUAAGGAUUGUUUUGUUUCCUCCAGAUGUGCGUUUAUCAACAUAAUGAUUUAAAAAAAAAAAAUUAACCCCAAUCUGGUCAUAUAAGUUCAUUGCCCUAAACUGUGCUGAUUGUGUUUAAUCAAGUUAUAAAUUUCCAACAUCGAUCAUGUAUUUACCAACUUUCCGGCAUUUUCUGAAAGGCGUCAAGCUAAAAUAUUAGACUUGCUUAGAAUAGGUUAUCAACUUAUACACUGUGCUAAAGCUGUGCCUUUGAAAUUGAGAUGAUUUUUGUAGGCAGUUUCAGGAAAGAAAAAAAAAGUCUACCCUUCAAUAAUUACUUAUCACUCAACAAAUACCCCCUGCCUACCGCCUCCUCCAGUAACUUUACUUCAGGUCUUAACAAAACUAAUUGUGCCCAUCGUAUGCGGGUUUACUUCAGAAAACACGAGGGGAUAGCAAAUCUGUCUUUGGAAGCCAGCAGCCACACCAUCCUACUAUCAUCUCCUGACCACAUAGAUUUGUCAUCCUCCGCAGAUGAUGUUAACACCGCUGUGACGUAGUUGUCCAAAUCGGUAGUUUUUGCAUUUGAAUUAAUCAAGACUGUGAUUUGGCUCCCCUUCAUCCCCCCUACUAUUCAUUGUGGCAUCCAGUCACUUUCAAUGUUCCGAAGUUAUACUGUAAUUUCUUUGACCCAAGACGAUAAACGUGAGACCCUGAAGUAAAGAUAAGGUACACAUACAUUAUUUGAGUAACUAUUUCCUUUGUGGCCAAUCUGUGUAUGCUUUUAGAAGUUUACAAAAUGCUUUAUUUUUGUCUGUAACAGUCUCUGUCAUUCAUUUCUGUCGAUGAACUAUUUGGACAGAGUGAGCAAGUUUGCCUAGUGCUAACAAUACACUCCAGUCAUGAGCCGGGCUUUACAAAAUAAAGCACUCUGAUGACUUACAAGGUGGAUCCUUUGUUCCUCUCUUGAUUGUGUUUCUCUGUUUUGCAAACAAAUUGUAAAUACCUGGUACAAAGAGGAUCUUUAGUCCUGGAAGAAGAAAAAGCGAAAUUGAAUCUUCUCAUUAACUAGAGCUUAGCUUUCAACCUGUAAACUAUUUAAUUAGUAAACAAUGCAAACUUCCAGGACAAAAUUGACUUACUGCAAGACGGACUGGCAAAGAAAAUAAAUCUCUUCAAGGAAUACCCUAAA